UUAUGCUCAAGAGAUUGUUAUAUAUUGUUCCAUAUUACAUAUAUAUAUAUAUAUUUCUUAAGAAUUGGAACAUGGUGUCUUGAUUAUUGGACACUUGGUAGUGAAUAUUGAAAUCUUUUAUCAACAUCUGUAUAAAAAAAAACAUCACAAAUCCAUAAAUCAAAUCAGCUUUCUUUGUGAAAAUGUAUAUUUUUUUGUAUGGAAUAUUCUAUUUUUUGUUUAUUUCAUUCUAAACUCCUCUUCAACCCUUUUGAGUAUAAGGAAUGUGAAGUAAAAUAGGAAGACUUUUGAAGAACUGUUUGAUGUCUGCUUUGGAUUUUGAAUAGAUACAUAUGACAUAAAAGAGAAAUAGGAAAUUGUGCAGACUACUUCUUGUUUGUUGACGGCGGCAUGACGUCGAACUUGGACAAUCGCAUAGUUAGAGAAGGUUGGCUUUGGAAAAGAGGGGAACAUAUAAAAAAUUGGAGGAAGAGGUAUUUUAUUUUACGUUCUGAUGGAACUUUUCUUGGCUACAAGUCAAGACCGGAUCCUUUGACAAUAAGAGAGCCUCUAAAUAACUUUACAGUCAUCAAUUGCCAAGUUAUGCCUCAAGAAAAAGUGCGUGCAAACGCCUUUUGCAUUAGAGGUUUGCAAUUAACCGUUAUUGUAGAACGUUUGUUUGCCGUUGACACAUCGACUGAAAAGGAUGACUGGAUUGAAGAUAUACGUAAAGUAUCUGAAAGCUUGAAAGAUAAAAUGGAAGUCGAUGAACCGAGAAUGACCCGAAAGAUUGGAUUGGAAGAUUUUGAGUUUUUAAAAGUUCUUGGUAAAGGAACAUUUGGAAAAGUUAUAUUAUGCAGACAAAGAGAUUCUAAUCAAUUUUACGCUAUCAAGAUUUUGAAGAAGAGUGUCAUUAUUAAGAAAGAUGAAGUAACACACACUCUAACAGAGAAUCGUGUCUUACAGAGAUCAAAUCACCCGUUUUUGACGCAAUUGAAAUAUUCAUUUCAAACCCAAGAUCGUCUUUGCUUUGUCAUGGAAUAUGUUAACGGUGGGGAAUUAUUUUUCCAUUUGUCCAAGGACCGGUAUUUUGACGUUGACCGAACACGAUUCUAUGGCGCGGAAAUCAUUUCAGCGUUAGAAUACCUGCAUAAAAAUGAUAUAAUAUACAGGGAUUUAAAACUGGAAAAUUUACUCCUGGACAAAGACGGUCAUAUUAAAAUAGCCGAUUUUGGUUUAUGCAAGGAAGAAAUGAACUAUGGUGCCUCCACUAAAACGUUUUGUGGGACUCCCGAAUAUUUAGCACCCGAAGUUUUAGAGGACAAUGAUUACGGUCGAGCUGUCGACUGGUGGGGAACUGGAGUAGUUAUGUAUGAAAUGAUGUGUGGGCGUCUGCCGUUCUAUAAUCGCGAUCAUGAAGUACUUUUCGAACUGAUUCUGUUGGAAGAUAUCUGCUUUCCUCGAAACAUGAAUGAGGACGCAAAGUCUUUAUUGUCUGGCCUCCUUGUGAAAAACCCUUCUAAGCGUCUGGGUGGAGGCGAAAGUGAUGCUGAGGAAGUUAAGCAUCAUAAAUUUUUUGAUGGCCUUAAUUGGGAUGAUCUUGUUGCAAAGAAUAUUAAGCCUCCAUUUAAGCCGGAGGUAGAUUCUGAUACUGAUACACGAUAUUUUGAUCAGCAAUUUACUGAGGGAGAAAGUGUUGAGUUAACUCCACCUUCAUCUCACCACGACUUGAAUGCAAUAGCUGAGGAAUCGGAUAUUCCAUACUUUGAAUCGUUCAGCUUUCACGGAAGCCGCGGAAGUUUAAAUCCUGAUCGAUGCUUUUAA